UUCGUGUUAGGAGUUUCGGAGUUAUGCCACGUAACUUUCGCCAUAUUGAAAUAAUCGACCGGUGCAACAUUGUUGUUUGCAGGUAAACACAUGUUACAUUGGGGUUGAAUAGACUAGAAACUAUCUCAGACAAGUGCAGAGACCCGACGAACAGCAUGGAUCACCUAUAUCUCGUGUGCAGCGUGAUUUUGAUGUACAUUUCCGUGGUUUUUGGAACCGAGUUGACUUUCGAGCUUCCUGACAGCGAAAAACAAUGUUUCUUUGAGAAAAUCGAAAAAGGAGUGCAGUCAACGUUAGAAUUUCAGGUCAUCACAGGUGGACAGUACGAUGUUGACAUGGAACUGACCGCUCCUAAUGGUCAGUCUCUAUACAAGGAUGUCAAGAAACAGUACGAUAGCUUCACCUGGACGCCUGACCAGUCCGGGAUCUACAAGUUCUGCUUCAGUAAUGAGUUCUCAACAUUCUCCCACAAAGUGGUGUACUUCGACUUCCAGGUCGGAGAGGAGAAGCCUCUGUUUGAACAAGAGAACAAGCAGGCCACUGCAAUGACUAUGAUCGAAUCAGCUGGUGAAGAGAUCCACAAAUCCUUAAACGAAGUGGAUGAUGCCCAAACUCACUUCCGCCUGCGCGAGGCUACCGGAAGAGUAUUUGCAGAAGAGCUCCAUUCUCGCGUGAAUUAUUGGUCCAUAGGCGAGACUGUGGUAGUUCUACUUAUUGGGCUUGGACAGGUGUUCAUUUUGAGAAGUUUUUUCACGGAGAAGAAAACAAGCGGCGUCCCUAUUCAUUCAUGAUUCCGAAUAGUUUUAGAACCAUUCCAAAAUUAAUCAAUCCUAUUCAUUCAUGAUUCCGGAUAGUUUUAGAACCAUUCCAAAAUUAAUCGAUCCUAUUCAUUCAUGAUUCCGGAUAGUUUUAGAUUUAUAAAAUCAUUCUAAAAUAAAGCGAGCUAUUAACUGUAAAAGAAAGAUAAGACACGAAUUUUGCUAUAGAUUAAAGACUUGGUAGCCAUGUUCGCGAUGUAUUUUAGACUAAUUUCUUAUAAAAGCACGUGACAUCGAUUAUGGAUUUCUAAAGAGGGGGCGGGGAGGGGAGGGGGGCCGGAGAAGUGAACUUCACAGAUAUUGAUAUUAUGGUUGACAAGCAAAAACAAAACAAUGAAACAAAGCAGAACAUUGUUUUGACAAGUCUCCAAAAUCCUAAAUCAAGGAGAUGGGGGUGGGGAGGGGGUUUGAGAUGUCCAUAACCUUACUAGAGAAAGUAAUAUUUUCCCCAAUCCUCGAAAUGUGAAAUUUGGGGGGGGGGGAUCCAUUACUACAUAGGUUCAAUCCAUAAAUAUAUGCUUACAUUCCUACUCUUCAAUACUUCUAGAAAAACGUCUGGGGUGGGGGAGGGUACUUAGUUACUUUGUAUGUGAAAAUACGAAAUCCUGCAUGUAAAUGUACUAAAAUAGAAAACGAACGAUGUUAAAGUAAGUGAUUUCACUUGCUUGUAUUGCAUACAAUUAUCAAGUUAUGGAAAGCAAACACGCAGGUCCCACCCAAAUUAUUAUUUAUAAUAUAUAAAACCUAGAUUAAAUUUAGUGUAGACGACCCGCUUUUGAAUGCACAAGGUUUAUGUCCCCACGUGUCAUAAACCAUGUUUAACUUUUGAUAGGUAGACUUUCUGUAUUUAUAUCUGUUUUACCUUGUCCUGUACACAUGUACCAAGGAUUUUAAUUUUUGAACGUAGAAUCUGACCAACUCUUUUUUUUUAAUUAUUAUUUGUAACACCGUAAGUAUUUUAUCUUAACAUAUCUUAUUUAAAUCCAACCUAUUUUCUUUUCUUGUUUUCUUUUUAUAAAUAUGGUGAAACUAGGGAAUAUUUUCAUUUUGUCAUUAUUUUUAUAAAUCUAAUUUCUUUAAAAUAUCAACUGACACAAGCAACGUUCUUUAGUUUAGUUACUGUGAACCUACUAAGUGUUAGCUGAUAAAGUGAAAAAGCUAUUCAACUAUAUAUUUAUUUCAUUUUCUCUUCCCUUUUUUGAAUUGAUUAAUGUAUCGCAUGCAUAUUGAAUCACCAGUUGUAUACAUGUAUAUAUGUGAAGUUGAUAUGAGUUUUAACCAAUAGACGCCGAUAAAAGGUUGUCAUUUCGCUUUCAUCUGGAGAGAAUUGCAAUUAGUGUUUCUUAACAAAGCGGACAUGUAUCAAUAAGAGAACACACAGGUAAAUGAUUUGUAUAUCUAACUGAUCAUAGCUUGAUUAUAUAUACUGUUAAUGGAUUCUCGAAAUGGAUACUAUUUUGUUAAAAUAAAAUAUUCCGAACUUGACAUAGCGAUGUUAGUAGAUUUUAAAGAUGGAUAUAAAACGUGCAUUUGUGUCGUAUAUUGAUGAUCGACGAGUAUCCUUAAUUAUCUGUGUUGAUGUACAUAAGUUUUACACACGUUUGAUAAGAACAUGAAUUAAUAUUGGAGCAAAUGAGCAAUUUACAAAUCAACUUCUUUAUAACCUGAAUGUUCUGAAGUUAAAUGACUCAACUGUGGUGCAAUAAAGCAGUAAUAAAGUUUUUAAACCUUC